AUGUGUCACUGGUACGAACGGGAAGAGAAGACUGAGGAGGGUGGUGAUGCUGGCGAUGCUGCGGCUGCAGCCGUAGCCUUUCCGUCGGGGAAAAUCGAACCGAAGGCUGACUGGGUCACGCACGAGCGCGUUGGGGUGCAGGAGGAGGGGGGCGAACACAUCAAGGGCUCGUCUCUUUUGUCCGGGUCACGUAGCCUCAACGACAUACUCUUGGAGCGUGGAGGGUACGUUGGCUGGCCUCCUCUCUCCUCUCCGACUCAUCGCCCCCUGAACCAGGUGGAGGACGACGGUGUCCAGGCACAGGGCGGCCCACCUUCUUCUCUGGAAUCUCGCCAGCCCCCCUCGCACGCCAAGGGCGUCAGCGGUGGCGGCGAACACCCGCGCCAUCCUUCGUCGAUGGACAGGCUGGCCAAGCUCGUGUCGCGAGCGAUGGCGACGAUAGCGAAGGCUGAAACCACGACCUCGGCAGCCUCGGAGGGUGUGGGGCUUGACCUCCGCUGCAGUGGCAACGCCGCCGCUGCCGCCGCCGUCACGUGGCCAACAUCGCAGUCGGAAGCACCCUACCCUGAUCAGAACGAUCCCACCGCCGCCGCCGUCGCCGCCGCCGCCGCCGCCCAUAGUGGCAUCAUCGGCCACCCCGCGCAGCAGCAGCAGGGAGAGCAAGAAAUCCGCUUGAUAUUUCGCAGGGCCCACUCCGACUACAUCCAUCUGCGCGAAAAGUCUCGCCACAUCGACGUCCGUUGCUCGGCGUCCAUCAGGACUCUUCAGAGCGUGUCCCAGGCCGUCAGGGCGCCCGAACGAGGGCUGCACCAGUCGUACGAUGCCUACCUCCGCGCGUACUACUUCUUUCGGGCGGUCGAAAGGUCGGUCCGCGCUGCCGACGUGCAGGAGGGCGCGGCUAGGCGCGAGCUCCGGAUGGCGAGCCAGGCCGCCCGGUCGGCCCUAAGGAAGCAAACCCGGGCGGAGGCGGCGCUACGGGCGUUCGACACCACCGGCUGUGGAAGCAGCAGCUCGUGCUCUUCUUGUUGUUCCUCCAUCCACGGCGUCAGCGAGGAGAUGCUACCGCCGGCGCCGCCGGCGCCGCCGCUGCCGCCGCCACCGUCGGAGGAUUCGGUCACAAAAGAGGGAAGAGCGGGCACAGCAGGAGGAGAGCGCAAAGAGCACGAGGAAGACGAAGCCGAGACGGCGACGAUGCCCUGCACCACGCGCGCGAGCUUAGAGCUCGCCUUCGGGAUCGCCCGUCUCGAGGCGAGGCGAGCCUUCACCGAGAAGCACCGCGUGCAGGCCGUGGCCAACGACGCGCUGAUCCUGGUCGGCGCUCUCACGGCCGGCGAUUGGUCUCUCGCGGGCGAGCAGUACGACGCGGCCAGAACCGCCUUCCACGAUGCUUCGAGGGACGCGCUUUCCAAGAUCCAGGAGUUCGAGGACCAUACCUUGUUGUUUAAGAAGCUCAUGCAAGGCAGGGUUGAGAUCCGGCGGCAGCUGGUCUUGGCGUACGAGGCUCGGGUGGCGGCGAAAGUGGCGGCGGAGUUAGCGGCGGAGGAAAUGAGAACCAGGCUGGCUGCAGCAACGGCGGCGGCGGCCGAAACGGCGAUGCCCAGGGCAGCGGCUGAGAGCGACGGUGGCGGCAGCAGCAGCGGCGGCGACGGUCGGGUUGAGAACGGGGAGCGGAGAGGGGGAAGUGCCUUGUUUUUCGUGCCUCCCGAUGACCAACAGGAGGAAUGGGACAAAGGGCAGGAAAUAAGGCUGUGGCCUCGGAAACCAGUCAUCUCGAGACCGGCCGAGGACCAGAGCGGCGAGGAAGGGGACGCGGGGCGGGCGGUGGGGGGCGCCACGACCGGGGACGACACCGACGACGGCAACGAGGUGCCGGCAAAGAAGAAGGCCAAGUUAUGAAGAUCGGCCAGCUCAAGAUCACGGUUUGAAUGCCAGAUCCGGUGGUUAGAGGGCUGCCGGUACGUGUGUAUGUGUGUAAAGGUACGAGACGUUAACGCUCGAAAUUGCUGGUGCUUGGUUGUAUGGUGGGUGAGUGCUGUGGGUGAAUACGGUACACGGAACCUACCUGGGGACCGUGUGUCGUCCGGUCGCCCGAUAGAGAAAACGCUGAAAACUCGCAGAGAAAGGCUGGGUUGUUUGCGGUGCGAUGAUGGCGUUGCCGUUCGAGGCAGCCAAUGGUAUUUAUGGCGGCCACACACCAAACAGAACGUAAUGUCAAGCUACCGCAGGAAACGUAUGCAUGAAAAGGGAAAUAAUUGUGCUUAAACGACUUGCUCAUGGCAGUGGCGCUGUCGGCGGUAAUAACAAACGUGGUUGACCUCUGGUUGGAGGAAUCAGAGGGAACGUUGACGGGAGCCUUUUCCAACGACGCGUUGAUGAGCAAAAAGAAGGUACUACGUCGGUGGGACCGUGGGUAUUGAUGUAGAGAGGUACCGUUGCUGAUGGACUAGACUCCUUAUGGAUACCCACGAGAAGAAGUCAGUCUAGGACAAUGUUGUUUGUGGUUGUUGUGUGAUCGGAUUCCAAGUGUUUGCGGAAGGUAAACAGGGUACCAUCAUGUGGGUGCGAUGUAUUUUGACUGGAGGAUGCGGUUGCCGGCGCUAUCUUGAGGAUAUGAUCGUGAUCCGAGUCAAAGCCAUUUAGAUGGUUGAUGUAUGUGGGUUUGGCGUCUUCUUGUGGUGUUCGCGUCUUGCGUGAUCGGUUCUUGGGUGUUUCGCUAAGGUUGAUGGUGUCUAGACUCA